AUGAAUGGAAACUGUUCCCGUGGGACAAUCUGUCCUCUCCUACUUGUGAGUCAGAUAUUUGGCCUGGGUCCUGUGGCUGUUGUUGAAGAAUCAAGUCUAGCAGAAAGUUUCAAAAACCGUCUCCAAAAUAUUGCUGGGGUGGCUGCUACUUCCUUCUGGCUCGCUACCAUCGUUGCGGCUGGUAUAUGCAUCUGGCAAGUGCAGUUCUUCUGCAUCGUACUGGCAGUAUGGGACCGCCUGGGUAGCGUGAACUUGCAGCUGCUGAGGAGUGUGCGCCCUCCAGUGGACAGCGAGGUGGACCUGGAGGCCGUGCUGACGCGCGCUGGACUAGCGGGGGCGCCGGUGGCGCUGGAGCCUCAGCUGCGGCGGCUGCAGCGCGCCAGGCUGGCCCUGCACCGCAGUGCCCUCCUCUGCGGACAGCACUUCGGGGCCCCGCUGCUCCUGAACGUCGUUUGCAACUUUCUAGUAAUAGUAAACUUGUCCUACUCUGUUACAGUGAAAUUACGUGAAGACCAACCUGACAUGGCAAUGAGAUGCGUUGGACUGUUGAAGCCCUCUUUGUGGAUGUUCUAUUCUCUGGCUCGUAUGUUAAUCAUCUGCUGGGCAUGCUCUAGCGCGUCAGAACGAGCCGAGAGGUCAGAGCUGCUGAUGUCCAAAGUUCAGGUUCUGCUGCGGUCAGGAAAACCAUUGGAAGUACUCCAAGUUUCUAUGGAUAAACUGAAAUUCCAUGCAUUCGGCUUUUUUGACGUGAACACUUCAUUUUUCCUCUCGUUUCUUGGAGCUGCGUCUGCCUAUUUUGUGAUAGUCAUCGAACUUCCCAAAUGA